AUGCAAUAGCAUGCUUUGCUGGAGUAGUCUUAGCUAGAGCAGUAGAUCCUAGAGGAAAAAAAGAAAAAUAGGGUGCAUCUGAAAAUUACCACCAAUUAUGGACGGACUUUGCUUCGGCUGUGCUACUAAAUUUGGAUUUUUCACCAAAGAGCAUUCUUGCCAUAAGUGCGGUCAUGCGUAUUGUAAAACCUGCCUUCCUCACAAAACAUCACUUCCGGGCAAGGAUCCCAAAAAGCAACACAAUGUAUGUACUGACUGCUACAAGAUCCUGCACCAACCCAAGUCAGACAAGCAGAAUGAAGGCAAAUACUCUCCACCAGAGAAUUUCAAGAAGAGAGUGGCUGCUUUGCACCAGAAGGAGCAAGGAAAGCAGUCCUCCGCAGGACAGCAAGGACCAUCACGAAAAUCAGAUGCUCCGUCGGGCAGUCAAGCAGCAAAGUACAAAAACCUAGCGCCACAGGACAGAGACAUUGCUAUAAGGUUGGAAAGGCUUCAGGAGGAUCGAAAGAAGAAAGAAAAACCUGCUCUACCACAGAGUGAGAUUGAGGAAAGGCUUCGAAAACUACAAGGACUUCAGCCAUCUUCAGAAACAACUAAACAGACUGUUUUGCCACAACCAGAGAAGACAAUGGAGGAGCAGUACGACGACCUUCUGGAUCAGAUGACAGAAGAGGUUGCCUUAGAUGCAAGAUUAGAAGGCAAUGAUGUCACACCCAAUGACCCAGCUGCUGCUAGAUCAGCUUCAUCAGGCUUUCAGCCAGGGCCAUAUGCUGAUCCACUCCUUCCAAGUGAGGAGGACCUGAAACAACUCACAGAAGAUGCCAAGAAACUAAUGGGGGGGUCUUCUAGCAACACAGAACAGCCUUCCGGUGAUAACGACCAUCGCCCGCCAGGAGGGCGUGGCAGGGACGAGGGGGACGAGAGAGAGGCAAGGAGACUGGCAGAGGAGGCCAACAGGAUGAUGGAGGCGGCGAGGGCCGAGCUUCAGCUGGACGAGGAGGCCACCAAGAGAGGGGCGGAGAAAGAUGCAGACAUUGCAGGGAGACUGGCUCACCUCCAGGGUGUACAGCCGGUAGAAAAUACAGGAAAUCUUGACCUCAAUGACGAUAGUGAUGAGGAUGAAGAGAAGGCUUCACAGAGACUCAUCCAGCAGCUUUUAGAGGAAGAUAAGCUAGAUGACAGAGUGGCUGCUGAUGGCUUCCAAGUUCCAACCGGCACAAAAUUGCAGCCUAAACCGACAACCAACACAAUUUCAGAGAAGCCUCACGUGGAUGACCUCAAGUAUGACCCUCCACGACCCCAAACUGACCCUGAUGAACUGGCAUGGUGUUGCAUAUGUAACGAAGAUGCAGUACUGAGAUGUGUGGACUGUGAUAAUGAUCUCUACUGUAAGAGAUGCUUCAGAGAAGGACAUAGAGACUUCGGAAUAGAGAGUCACAAGAUCAAACCGUACAAGGCUCCCAACAAAUGAACUGCAUUUUCUGAGGAGGAUUCACUGGGCUCCAUGAACAGGUACAAGGUACUAAUACAACUGUUUGGACGCUAUGAUGCAGAAAUCAUUCCAAAAUAUUAUUGACAAUAAGAUAUGCAAGAAAACACAUUGUUGGGUGAGGUAUUUCUUUAUGAAAAAGUAAGAGGUGUAGCUGAUUACGUUUUUUGUUUUUUUGCCCGUCUUCUCCUUUUUUUUAAAGAUGUGCAUUUAGAAAUACGCUUUGAAUCAAAGAAAAACAAAAUAGACAAUGCCUAUUAGGGUAACCAGGAUUUUUUAUUGCUUGAAAAAUAUUGAAUUUUCCAGAAUUUUCCAUAGAUUUAUGCAUAAUUCAGCCAUAUUUCACUUUAAUAUGAACAAAGUUCUCAUAACAUAGGAAUGGCUUUCAGUGUUCUUUAGCAUGAAUGCCUGUAUAUCUGUCUUCUAUCUUAAGCAUUAUGUACUAUGAAUUAUGAAUAUGCAAGUGCAAAUGAGAUAUCAUCUUAAAGGGAUAGUUGAGUUCUGUUUUCAGACCCCAAAUGCCUUCAA